CCACGCCUCACUCAGUCGACGGCUAGGCGGCCGAAAGCACACGCUUACUAUAGUGUGGGUAUUACAGUGGAGAGUGUAUGUGCCGCAUUCUGAAGGAAACGACAUUUACCGUGGGUUCUCCGAGUGAUCUUCGACGAUCGGCAAGGCUGGCCAACUUACAUAGCUUCAGAGCUUCAACGGAAACUAGGCAGCAAAUAAACAAAAGAAAAGGAAGCUUUCGGCAGAGGAAGACGAAUAAUGCAGAGUGAAGCGAGUGGAUAGAACACAUACAAAAAAAAAGGGGAAGAGAAAAGCAAGAAGGAAAUAAAGAAAACGUUUAAUGCCGCAACAUGGAAGGAAUGGGUAACGACUCCUCUCCCUCCCUCGGCCAGUACGAGGCUCUCUCCAACCUCUGCGGUCGACGCUUCUGGGACCCAAGGCAAGCAUGGGACACGGAGGACCCUGUGCUGGGUGUGUGCGUGGAGAGGACAGUCCUGGUGUGGGUCCCUUGUUUUCUCCUGUGGGUUUUCUCUCCUCUAUACCUUGUCGUUCUCAGGAAUACAACUCAAAGAUCCAUUCCUUGGACGACCCUCGGCGUGGUCAAAGUGGUGUUAUCGAGUGUGACGAUAUCAGCAGCGGUAGCGGAGGUGGUGUGGGCCCUUGUUGUGCGGGGCAGCGGCCAUUCUCUAGCCUUUAAUGACUUUUUAGCACCGCUGAUUCUUCUGAUUUCAUAUGUGCUUCAACUGUGCCUCCUUCUGGUAGGACGGAGAUAUGGCGACCAUAGCAGCGGCCUCCUGUGGUGCUUCUGGUUCCUCACGCUCCUGUGUGGUCUUCCGCAGUUGAAGUCUGUUGUCAGUUCUCUCGCAGGUGCACAGGAGGACGAGUACGGAACGACGCUGAUCACAACCUUCAUAACACGCUACGUCGCCGCCUUGUUGUUGUUCUCGGCAAACUGCAUCGCGGACAACCCUCCCCGUGCGGCUCAUCAGUCCAAGAACGACUACCCAGAGGAGCGGUCGUCGUUCGUGAGUCGUCUGACGUACCACUUCGCGACGGGGCUGGUGUGGCGUGGGUGGCGUCACACCCUUCAACAUGAAGAGCUGUGGAACCUCCCCGCCCGCUGCAAGACCUCCAACCUCGACCUCGUGUGGACUCGGGCCUGGAGGAAGGAGCUGGCGCGGGGGAGGCACCAGCAAGUGCCAUCCAGCGAACAGAACGGCACUGUAGGAAAGUCCUCACCGCCCAUACGAGAGACCACAGGCAAUGCCAAGGUGUCUGUGGUGAGGGUGAUGCUAAGGGCGUAUUUCUGGCCUUACCUUUUCGCCACGAUCGUCUACGUUAUCUCGGAACUCAUGCUUUUCCUCACGCCGCAGCUACUAAGCCUGUUAAUCAGCUUCACAACAGACGAGAGCCAGCCGUUAUGGCGAGGGUAUUUCUACGCUGGUUUGUUACUCCUCGUCAGUCUCACCACGACAGUUGUGAAAAAUAUCUUCUAUUACCGAGACCAGAUCAUCGCGGCGCAACUGAGGGCGUCUUUCAUGGGCGCCGUUUAUCGCAAGGCGCUGGUCCUCUCGGCAACGGCAAGGAGGCAAUUCACGUUGGGCGAAAUCGUCAACCUAAUGGCGGUCGACUCUCAGCGCCUGAGUGACAUCAUCUUGUAUUUCAACCUGGCCUGGGGCGCGCCUAUCGUCAUCACCAUGGCGCUCUAUUACCUGUGGCAAAUCCUAGGUCCAUCAGUGUUGGCAGGCCUGGCGGUGUUGGUGCUCCUGAUUCCUGUCAACAGCGUGAUUGCCAACCAAGUUCAGAAAUUGCAGGUCGCCCAAAUGAAAUUCAAGGACAAGAGAAUCAAGAUGGUCAGCGAAAUCAUUAACGGGAUCAAGGUGCUGAAGCUGUACGCGUGGGAGGCGUCCUUCGUCCGCCAGGUUCAGGAGAUCAGGAGGGACGAGAUUCGGGUCAUGAGGAAGUCGGCGUAUUUCCAGGCUUUCAUCUCCUUCAUUUUCCUCACGUCGCCCUACAUGGUGGCACUGGCGUCGUUUGCUACGUACUUGCUGACGUCAAGCGAGAACAAACUGGACGCGCAGACGGCCUUCGUGUCGCUCUCGCUCUUCAACAUCAUGCGCAUGCCCAUCACGCAGCUGCCCGGCCUCAUCGCACAGUUCAUCCAGGCCAGAGUUUCAUUGAGGAGGAUGGAGAGGUUCCUGUCGUCUGACGUCAUUGACUCCUCAGCCGUGAGCCGUGAUGACAAGGAGAAAUCAGCCGUGGUGGUGAGUGGCGGGGAGUUCACAUGGGGCGUGAAGGAGGACGAGGAGCCGUGGGUGCUGCGUGAUGUGGAUCUGAGGGUGGAACCGGGGCAGUUGGUGGCAGUGGUGGGAUCAGUUGGGGCAGGCAAGAGCUCUCUCGUGUCUGCACUCUUGGGCGAGAUGACCAAGAAUGCUGGUCGCGUGACUGUAAAUGGCAAAGUGGCUUAUGUCGCCCAACAAGCAUGGCUCCAGAACGCGAGCCUGAAGGACAACAUCACGUGGGGACAGCCGGUGGAUGAGAAGAAGUAUCAGAAGGUCAUUUCUGCCUGCGCUCUCCAGCCUGACCUCGACAUGCUCCCUGCCGGAGACAUGACAGAAAUUGGGGAGAAGGGCGUCAACAUGAGCGGCGGCCAGAAGCAGAGGAUCGCUCUCGCGCGCGCAGCCUACAGCGACGCCGAUAUCUUCCUGCUCGACGACCCCCUCAGCGCCGUCGACGCGCACGUUGGCCGGCACAUCUUCGACAGCCUCAUCGGCCCUCAGGGGCUGAUGAACGGCAAGACCCGCAUCCUGGUGACGCACGCGCUGGCCUACCUCCCGCGCGUCGACAGUGUGGUGGUGAUGCAGGACGGCCGCUUGGUGGAGCGCGGAACGUACUCGCAGCUGCUGGCCAAAGGAGGCAACUUCGCGCAGUUCCUUCUCAACCAUAUCAACAACGCGGAGGAAGUAGAGGAUGACGAAGAUGACAUUGAUGAGUUGGUGGACCAACUAGAAGACACGCCUAUGGGACAGAAAUUCCUUAGUCAGUUAGCGAGGCAGAACAGCAAGGUCGAAGAAGGAAGUGCUCACGGUAGGAUCGGCAGUAUCCGACGCAGAAGGAGAGGCAGCAGUUGCGGGAGCGGAACCCGCUUGAGCGAGAGCGACACUGAAGGGAGGGGCGUCUCCCGUAUCCUAAGGCAGGACUCCAAACUGAGACCCAGCGUCGACCACGAGAAGAUCCCCAUGAAAGAUAUGAAGGAACCCGCCGGGAAAACGCUCGUGCAGGAGGAGACGUCCGAAACCGGGAAGGUGAAGUGGAAGGUGUACCAGUUCUACGCUGCAACCAUGGGUCUCUUGCCUGCCAUCCUUCCUUGCAUUUUCUUCGCUGUUGCCCAAGGUUGUCAGGCCGGAGGCAACAUCUGGCUCUCUCAGUGGUCCACCAAAACACUGGAAGACGAUGAAAUUACUGAUAACGUAACCGACAUCAUGAGCAACGCCACCAGCAAUACCACCGAGGAUGGAUUCAACAAAACUCAAUUUUUGGCUGGCUACGGAGGUUUCGGCUUAGGACAGUCUCUUUUCUACUACAUGGGAUCGUUCUUGAUCUGGACCGGAUGCAUGCGAGCGGGAAUCCGGAUUCACCACCGCGUUCUUGACAACGUGCUCCGACUGCCCAUGAGCUUCUUCGACACCAACCCGAGCGGCAGGAUCAUGAACCGCUUCAGCAAAGACGUUGACGUGCUGGAUAGUCUCCUGCCGAUGCUUAUGGGGGCUGGACUCUCCUGCUUUGCCCAGGUAGCGACGACCCUCAUCGUACUCGUGGGGUCAACGCCUCUCGCGGGGCUGGUGAUCGUGCCCAUCAUGGUUUUCUACUACUUCAUCCAGGUCGUCUACAUCUCAUCCGCACGGCAGCUCAGGAGGAUCGAGUCGGUGUCGAAGUCUCCGAUUUUCUCUCACUUCGGGGAGAGUGUGCAAGGCGUGGCGACCCUCCGUGCCUUUAAAAUGGAGGAUGCUUUUAUGGCGGAAUCUCAGAGGCGAGUUGAUCUCACCACUAAGGCCAAUAUUUCCAACUUGGCUUGCAACAGAUGGCUGGGUGUGAGACUUGAGUUCAUAGGAAAUUUAAUAACUUUCGUGGCAGCCAUCUUCUCCGUCGUGGGCCGCGGUGACGUCAGCGCCGGUAUGGUCGGCCUCGCCAUCACUUACGCUCUCAAUGUGACGGUCACUCUUAACUGGCUGGUGCGAGUGAGCUCCGACAUCGAAGCCAACAUCGUAUCGGUGGAGAGGAUCAUGGAAUACAUCCAGGAAGAGAGAGAGGCCGAGUGGACGAUCCAGAAAACCGCUCCUCCGCACGCCUGGCCCGAGCACGGUGUGGUGUCCUUCAACAAGUACCAGACGCGCUACCGGCCAGGACUCGACCUGGUGCUCAAGGAUGUCUCCUGCACCAUCCAGGCCGGGGAGAAGGUUGGCAUUGUCGGAAGAACUGGAGCAGGAAAGUCAUCCCUCACACUCGCGCUCUUCAGGAUAAUCGAGGCAGCUGGAGGAGACAUUGUCAUAGACGGCGUAGACAUCUCCAACAUAGGCCUACAUGACCUCCGCAACCGCCUCAGCAUCAUACCUCAGGACCCAGUGUUGUUUAGUGGGACGCUGCGUCUUAACCUGGAUCCCUUCAACGAGCACUCCGAAAAGGAGGUCUGGAGAGCCGUGGAAAUGUCCCACCUCGGGGCUUUCGUCAAGGCGCAGACUGAGACACUCCAGUAUGCCAUAGAUGAAGGGGGAUCCAAUCUCAGCGUUGGCCAAAGGCAGCUCGUUAGCCUUGCACGAGCAUUGUUGAGACAGUCUCGCAUCUUGGUAUUGGACGAAGCCACGGCGGCCGUCGACGUAGAAACCGACGACCUCAUACAGAAAACUAUCAGGUCACAGUUUGCUAACUGUACAAUCCUGACCAUAGCUCAUCGUUUGAACACUAUUAUGGACAGUGACAGAGUAAUGGUGUUGGACAAGGGAAAAAUAGCCGAGUUCAGCGACCCAGCGUCCCUCCUGGCAGACAAAAAGUCCAUUUUCUACGGCAUGGCUAAGGACGCCGGCUUGGUGUAGUCCCCCUAGACAAAUCUUCCUGCUAAUUCUAGUUCAAAACUGGGAAUAAGUUACGGAUUUUUUUAUAACUGCGUUUAAUGAAUGGUUCAACAUUUAGGGAGGCUACUAAGAGUGAAAUAGAUGAACUCAGUGAAACGAAUGUGUUCACACUAAAUACGCUAAAGAAGCUCAAAUAUAAUACACACUAUAUGAGCUGUUGACAUACAGUACUUAAAUUAAACCCGAAGAGUAUGAUUCAAGGGAAGCCCAUUGAUACCCCCCCCCCCUUUACUUUUCCUUGUAGAGGCUCAGGCAUUUUUCAUUAUUUAGCAAUAUUGGACUUGUUAAGGUUUUGAUAUGAUCUCAUCAAUGCGAAACACUAUCUCCAAAAUCUGAUUAAAAGAGAUGCAUUUGUUGAAUGUUGAUUGCUGAAUAUUCCAAAUGCUUCUCAGAACUGGCAUUCGUCUUGUCAACAAAAGAAAACGAGAAAAAUGUCAAAAGUAGGUAAGCCAUGUAUAAUAAUCUAUACUCAAAUCGAGAGAUAAUUUAUAUGACUGUCUUCAGGGGCCACUUCAUGUGUGGGAAUUUGAAAUGUCAGUUCUGCUGGAGAUAUACUUGGUAUAAGUAAAUUUUGAUGAUAUGCAAUAUGUUUUCAAACAUAAUGAUAAUUGUGAAGAGCUUUUGUUUAAAUA